GAUGGCUCACGGGCACAUGAUUCCAGCACUAGACAUGGCCAAACUCUUCACUUCCCGCGGCCUCAAAACUACCAUCAUCUCCACCCCUUCCUUCUCCUCACCCGUACUAAACGCUCAAGCCGCAGGCCUUGACAUCGGCCUUGUCUCCAUCCACUUCCCCCCCCCCCCCAUAAUUCCGAUUUGCCGGACCACAUCACCAGCCUCGACUAACCCGGUCGAGGACCUGCUCCGACAACUCAACCCCAACUGCCUCAUCUCCGACAUGUUCUUGCCGUGGACGGCGGAUUCCGCCGCCAAGUUCGGCAUCCCACGCUUCGUUUUCCACGGAACCAGCUACUUCUCUCUCUGCGCCGCCGAGGAGCUGCGGAGGCACAAGCCUUUCCGCGGCACCGACCACUUCGUCCUCCCCAAUCUUCCCCACCGGGAGGAGAUGGCCACGACGGAGGUCGCCGAUUUCGAUUUGAACGAGGAUGAUGGAACCCACGAAUUUCUAUCAAAUAGCUUCUACGAGCUGGAGCCUGAUUACGCUGAUCAUUACAGGAAUGCUUUGGGGAGAAUGGCUUGGAAGAUAGACCCUCUUUUGCUCUGCAACAAUGCUGGUGGAGCAGGAGAGAGAGGAAAGAAGCCUAGUGUUGACGUGGCCGCAUGCGUGGCGUGGCUCGAUUCGAAGAAGGUGAAUUCUGUGGUGUAUGUGUGUUUUGGGAGCAUGGCCAAGUUCAGUCCGGCUCAGCUGAAGGAGAUUGCAACUAUAUCCAAGCCAAGGAAGACAUUCACCGUUGACACAAAAGGAGGCAUAAAAGCAUCCCAGUUGUUAAUCAAUGCCAUUGAGAUCUUGAAGCAGAAGCUGGGCGUUGUUCGCUUGUCAGCAGACACUGUGGAAGCUGACGAGCAGUUUGGUGAGUUGGGGCCACAUAUGCGCCGGGGCUGA